GCUCGUGGAUGGGCGGAGAGAUGAGAGCCGCAGGUGGGACGUGAAACUGGCCGCUUUUAGCCGUUAGUUUGACCGUCGAUCUCAUUUUGCUUGAGUGCUUGACUGGUGCUUCUGAACGACAUGGGGAAGCUUCAGGAAUUCGAGAUUACUUUCACUAAUAACAAAGUGGUCUACAACCCCGGGGAGUCCUUAUCAGGAACUGUGAGAAUUAAAACAAGCCACUCCUUACAGUUUAAAGCCAUUAAAGUCAACUGUGUGGGGUCGUGUGGCAUCUCAUCCAAGCUGAAUGAUGCAUCAUGGAUGCUUGAGGAAAAGUACUUGAGCAGCACACUGUCUGUGGCCGAUAAAGGUACUCUGUCAGCUGGUGAGCACAGCUUUCCAUUUCAGUUUCUCAUUCCAGCAUCCGUUCCAACCUCAUUUGAAGGCCCGUUUGGGAAGGUUUUGUACAAAAUUAGGGCUUUUAUUGACACGCCACGUUUCUCAAAGGAUUACAAGACCCAGCGACCCUUUUACCUUCUCAAUGUGCUUAACCUCAAUGAGUUGCCAGAUAUAGAGCAACCCAGCUGUGCUUUGACAACAAAAAAGUUUAACUACCUCCUGGUAAAAACAGGCACGCUCAUGCUGAAGGCCUGCAGUGAUCUAAGAGGAUACACUCCUGGACAGGUUAUCAAACUAUCCACUGAGAUCCAUAACAAGUCUGGUAAAGACACUGGCUAUGUGAUGGCUAGCCUUAUUCAGAGAGUGUCGUAUAAAACAAAGCGGCCAGUGUUUGAUCUACGGCCCAUAGCAGAGGUCGAGGGUGCCGGGGUGAAGGCUGGUAAACAUGCAGAGUGGAGAGAACAGAUCAUCGUCCCUCCUCUUCCUCAAUCAGGCCUCACUGGCUGCAGCCUCAUAGAAAUUGAGUAUUUUAUCCAGGUUUCACUAAAAUCUCCUGAGGCUGUGGUCACGUUACCCAUCUACAUUGGGAACAUUGCUGUAAACUUGACUCCCUCCAUUCCUCACCCCAUCGCUCAAGGUGCACCAAUGCCUGCCAUGCCAAGCCUCAGCCCUGCACCCGUAGUCCCCAGUGCACCUCCUGCGGAGGACCACCUGGUGGGUGCGCUGGGUGCUGGAGGAGUAGACAGCGAGGAGAUCCCCACCAAGAGUCAUUCUCAGCAGGACCCGUCCGGUGUGCCUAUCUCCAUGUCUCCCAGUGCAUUCGGUCAAGCGUCUGGUCCGGUCGCGCCGCAGCCCACCCAGUCCUCCGACGGCUCUGCUCCUCUGUUCUGUUUGUCCACAGGGGCCACCAUACCUUUCUUCACAGAUAGUAAUACAACGCCAGUGCCCACUUCCUGUCCCCUCAUCCUGCCCCCUGAAUACAGCACCUGGGAAUACCCACAUGAGCCACCUCCCACUUAUGAGGAAAGCUGCAGUAGCAACAACUCCAGCUUCAACAGUAGCAUGAGGUAGACCCUUAAAGGGCUCCCUUCUUCAUCAUGCCAUUCAUCUGGUGCCCCCUGCUGGACGGUACUUAAAACUAAAACUUCUUCUCCAUGAACCAAAUCGGUUUAAAAAACAUAAAGGACAUUGGAGAAAACAACCCUGAAACUGUACAGGGAGAAUGUUUCAGUGCCUAAGAAAAUGUAGCACUCUUGAUCAACCCCAAGAUGAGACAAACACAGAGUUCUUGUGAAACGAAUACCAGCAUCUGUAACAUUUGGAAGUGAAAGUUACACUGAGGAUACUUUUUCAUUCAACCAAGGCUGGCCUUAUAUAACGCUCAUCACAAAACAUGCUCCGUAAAAUCUGAAUUGACGCAGAAAUAUAUAUCUGUCCGACUGAAAGUCUCGUUGAGGAAAUAAAUGCUCCUUUCCUUGUGAUGAUCAUAAUGCACUCCAUGCUUAUGCCAGCAGGAAUGGCUCUUGACGAAGACGCUGGGCCACAGAGAAAGUUACUCUGGAAAGAACAAGGUUUAUUUAUUGAUGAUGAUUGAUGUUGGAAGUUUUCAUUUGACUUUUUAAAAUCAAUCUCAUCACCAAUUGGACACUGUGUGGUACAGCUUUGGAAUACCAAUGUAGUCAAGCAUCUUUGGGCACAUAUGUCGUUAUCACUUGGCCAAAUGGUAGCCAGUGUUCCUUGAAUGCUUAAGGGAACAACAUAUUACAUAUAAUUUUUAAACAAAAACUACAUUCAUUUUGUUUCACAGGCUGUCAAGAGAUUUUAGGAUGACACUUUGGACUCCUGACUCUUUAUUUUUGUUACCUUAUUUUACACAAAGCAAAAUAAUCAGAUUUUUCUUUCCUGGGGUUCAUCAUUUCACCCUAGAAUUAUUAAUUUCAAAGAACUGUCAUUCAGACUGUGAUUUUUUUUUUCCCCCCAGACUGUGCGUAAUAUUAGUGCUGGUAAUAUGUUAGAUUUCUGAUAUGCAUCAUUUGAAACCUGAUUCAAACUGUACAUGUCUUUGUAUGUGACUUGUUUGGUUUUAUGCAUUGAUAUUUCUCAUACUAGCCCACAGUGAUUGGAGAUUUAUGAUGGAUUUCCGGUGAGGCCUUAGGCUGUACUUGGAUUGUUGUGUACAGUCCUUUAAUAUGGCAAACACUUUUUCCAAAACACUUGUUCAGACCCUUGAACUGUUGAAGAAAUUUAAAAAUUGAAGCACAAAAGGCACUUUUAUAUGUUUGUGCGUGUGUGUGUGUCUGUGUUUGAGAAUGUUUUCUCAAUUCCUUCUCCAAAAUCAAAAUGAUCAAUUUCCAUUUUACUUCAAUGUUGUACUAAGUUUACUAUUUGAUUCAGUAAGCAAAGGAAGUCAUAUUCAGAACAGACCUACACAGAACAACAGACCACCUAUAUUAUGCUCUGUAUGAUUUUGUAUGAAGCAAAUUAGAAGACAUGUUUUCAGUACUAAAUGAUGUGAUGUUCUCUAUCUUUUGACUCUGUCGAUGAGUGUUAAAAUGUAAAUAGCAAUAUGAACCAUUUACAGUGCUGACAGAAAAAUCAUUUGGGUCAUUCAACAAAAAGGGUGUAACAAAUUACUUCAUCAGUGAAUAGCUGAUAUGCUAAUAUGCAUAUUUCUUAAAAAAAAAAAAUCCAGUAGCUUUAUUUUAGUUCAUUUUCAUCAUGAAGAUUGAUUUUCUAGCCUGUGUACAUUUUGAUGAAAACAAAAAAUAUAUACAUAAAAGCUAGCAAUUAUUCUCUGUCUGUAUAUUUUUGAUUUCACUGGACAUAAAAAGGAUUUAUUGUGUUAUGAGGGUUAUGUGUUCCCACUGUUUGCAUCCUAUUUCCCUCUUUGAAAGAACUUAACUAUUCCAUAACUCAGAAAAACUUUGUCGUUUCAACAUUAUAAUCCUUUUAGAAUACAAACACUUUCACUUUAUCUUAUAUUUUGUUACAUUUGUCAGUAGGGAAAAUUGGGGUAAAUUGACGGUCUGAUUGUAAUGAAUUGAUUGUGGAAAUUAUAUUUUAAAAAACUUAUUUGUAGCAUGAAAUGGAUCAAUGCAAUUUAUUACCAGUUAAAAAUUAUAUAGCAGACAUAAUACAAACAUUUACUUUUGAAUCAUCUUAUUAGACUGCAGAAGGUACUAAUUUUAUAGAAUGACCCAUUCAUAUUCCUUUCCAGGGAUUUUGACUUUGCUGAUUGUAUCCCAGCAGGCCACUGUAACUUCUAACAGUGCAGCUAUAAGCUUAAAUUGAGAUAGUGUUUCUUCACUGUGAGCAGCACUCUGUUGAACUCUCAGCCAUUGCGCAAAUGUUAAGAACAUUUAAAUGAAAAAAGAAAAUUGUUAUUGUUCAUCGUCAAAAUCCAGUAAAGAACCCCCUGACUUGAAUGCCUGUUCUGUAUUUUAAACCACAUUUUGCCUUAAAUGUGAAUCUGAUGCAUCCCUGGUCCCAUCGUAAUUGUAAAGAAAACAAGUACUUUGAGAUAACAUUGCAUUGCUAUUACUGUUCUACAUUUGCCUCUCGAGCCUCUUUGGCUUUCUAUUGGAAGCAGAAAAAGUCAAAAGGGAUAGUAGAUAGUUAUUUUAGCACUGAAGGUAAAAUAAAUUAUAAAUGUGAAAUUAUAAAUUUCUGGAAUUGCUGACAUUGCAGUGUGGACAAACACUUAUUCGUUGUUUAUUUACAUGUGCUAUGUUCUGUCUUUUCCUUUUCUCCAAAGGUUCAACAGCUUUAUCAUGUUUCAUUUCAUCAUUGUGUGGUACUUUUCUUUCCCUGGAUUUACCAGCAGGUUUUGAAAUAAAGUAGCACGAUUGUGGAUCAGUGUUCUAUGUAAAGAUGUGACAAAAUGAAACUUGUACAGUAAAUAAAAUCACUUAAAUUCUCCAUUUUUCAUCCCAA